AUAUUCAGUGCCAACAUACGUUCAAAGAUGUUUGUUUUAGUAUACUUUGUUCUUGCUUUCGUGAGUGUAUUUGCGAAAAAUGAAUUUUAUAUCGGACACCGCGUCUACAAUGUGAAGUUAACUACUCAGGAGCAGCAGGACCAGUUCUACCUGUUGAAGAGUGACAUUGUCGACUACUGGAGGAAGCCGAACUUCAAACACAAUGUGACGGGUAGAGCCAUGGUCCCUCCCUCCCACUACUUGUGGUUUGAGGAGAAACUUCAAGAGUUAGAUAUCGAAAAGGACAUUUAUAUCGAGGAUGUUUACAAUUACUUGAAGGACAAAGAAUCGAAAACACAAUCUCCAAGAAACGACGAAAGCAGGGACUUCGAUUUUACUGGAUACUAUAGAUACUAUCAAGUACUAGAAUACAUGAGAACAUUUGAAGAAGAUUAUGCAAAUUCCACCGAUAUUAAGGUAUCUUACGUAGAAGCUGGUAUCACUGAUGAAGGCAGACCGUUAGUGUAUUUAGAAAUAACAAACAAUGAUGGCAAUGAAGACAAACCUAUUGCUAUAGUAGAAGCCGCUAUAAUACCACGGGAAUGGGUAACAGUAUCUGCAGCGUUGAACAUAGCGAGAGAAGUAGUUGACCAAAGAGAAUUGUUGGCUGGACUAAAAUGGAUAAUUAUACCAGUACUGAACCCUGAUGGAUAUGAAUACACUCACACAAAUUUGAGGCUCUGGUCAAAAACAAGAAGCACAAGAAGCAAUCUCGGUUUCAUAUGUCCCGGUGUGAAUAUCAACAGGAACUUCGGCUUUGACUGGCUCUUCUCCGACUCCAGUUCCAGUCCAUGCAGCCACCUCUACGGUGGAAUCGAGCCGUUUUCCGAACCAGAGACGAGGAUUAUCCAAACACUAGUCGAGGAGAACGGCACAAGAAUCAAAAUGUACAUUUCCUUGCAAAAUGGUGGAGGCUAUAUUGCCUAUCCUUGGCAGUAUGAAAGAGCAGCCAGUGGCAUGUUCCGACAGCACCAUCUACUCGGAAGAGAAAUGAGGAGCAUACUAGGAGAAGAUUAUAUACUAGACAUUGGAUCUUUGGCUGCUGGAGACAGAGCGUCAGGCACCAGCACUGAUUACGUAAUGGAUCAUGACGUAAUGUACACUUUCAGUAUCAAUAUAGAAGGGCAGGGAGACGAUGGAGUGAUUGUACCCGAGACUGAUAUUGUUACUAUUAUCGAUAAGGUGUGGAGAGCCGUAGCUUUGGUCGCUAAUACAGUAGUAGCUACUUAA